AGUCAAGCGAUGCAACCAGAUGUCCCUAUUCUAUCAUUAUUUCUUACUUUACCGUUAGAGAUUCCGAGAUAUUUGUUAUCGGAAUUAAAAAACAUUGAAAAAUAUACAAGUGCUCAACAUAAAGAUAGACCAGCUCUUGAAAAAUGCAUUCAAGCUCUAAAUGAAGCACUGAACAAUCAGUCGUCCCCGAUCCCUCCUAAUGACAUAGACAGUGUCAAUAAUUUAAUUUUAAAGGAUAUGAGUUAUCUUUCCAACACUCAGUGUCCUGAGAAUGACCAUCAAUCGAAAAAGAAUACCUCUCAUAUUUUUGAUACAAACAAGACAUUACCAUCUACUGGUGAGGCGGUAGACAACGCAGACUCACCUGUCGUCUAUCCGAAGAAAAGCGUCACUGAGAAUACACAAUUAGCCAAACUGAUGAAGUAUCUGCUACCGCCACUAUUUCCAUAUCCAAACGAUUCAGAAACAUUCAGUCCAUCUGAAUGGUCUUCAGUUAAUCAUCAUAUAAUUUAUAAAAGUUAUCUUUUAUGCACUUUGUGCUCAAAACAAUAUCCUGAUUUAAUUAAAGAGGAUGUAUCCUAUCGUGGUCCUGUUUUUGCAUAUUUACUAAAUGACGCCCUUUUGUUGGUUGUCUCUGAAAAAGAUGUACUUGAAACUUGUCGACCAUCCUGUUUAGCUUAUGAACCCAUACUCCUCGAUUCGAUUGCUUUUCAAGAUUAUGAAAUAUCAGCUUUAUCAUUUAUGCUAAAACUUAAAAAUGGCACAACAUUUCAAUUCGAUUGUACAACAUUUGAAAUUAAACUAGUUUGGAAGACUCUUAUUGAACAACAGAUGACUACAACCGAAUAACUGAUCUAUUAAAACUCCUAGACUGCUAGACUUAUUUUAUUCCACAUUGACAACUUCAUGUGAAACUGUUCAGUUCAAUUCCUUCAAAUCUCUCCCCCUUUGUUGAUGUAUAGAUAUUUUGAAUUUGAUGCUUUUAUUUUUUUAUAUUUCAUAAUUAUACUACGUGUAAGUUAUAGUAGGCAUGUUUCAAUCCGCGCUUUCUUUCCAAUGGUAUUUUGAGUAAAAUCAAAAAAAGAAAUUCUUGCUUUUUCAAUCUAUUUCUACUGUUCUAAUUACAAUUAGUGAAUACUUCAGUUUUAAUCAACUCCAGUGUGAUUUAAAUCCUAUUUUAUUAUGUGAAGAAGAUAUAUAAUACUAUCAGGGUGGAGAGAACUCCUUUAACUUUAUUUCGUUAACGUGUAGUGCACGACGAGAACUCCUGUGUAACCUAGUCACUCUUCUCAAUAGUACUCAAUUCCAGUCGAGCUUUAAUAUAAUGUGCAUUAAUGACAUUCGAAGGGAUAUUUUGCAUGUCAGUCGAUUUGUCAUUCUUAUCAUCUUACCGCUUUCACGUGUGUGUGUGUGUACAUGCACACAUCUUUGUGAAUUCACGUAUAUUAGAGAAUUUCCAGCAACCUCUUUUUAUUCCUCAUUUAUUUUCAAAGAUUUUC